AUGUUUACGUUGCGACGAUAUAGUCCAUACCGGUCAGCUGGCCCUACUGAAAUCAAGGCGGACAAUAUCCUCAUUGGAUGCAAGAACGAUCAUCCUGAGUCUACUGUUGAACGCGUCCGGCUCGGGGAUCUUGAGGACGCAGUACACAUCCCUCCUGGUUCGUCCAUGGUUGGGAAGCAAGCAGGAAACUGGAUGUGGAGGAGUCCCGAGGCUCAUGCCGGAGGGCCGACAAAUAAACCGUCUGAUAUUUUCUCGUUUGCUCUUGUGUGCAUUUAUGCCAUGCACAAAGGGGUCGUCUUCGCUGUCGGAGACGACGAACUGGAGAAAGGCGUGGAUCGAUUAGCGAUCGUGAUUGAACGCCAAAUCUCGUACUUCGCCGAUGAAGAUGGGCUGAGGAGCUUCCUCAAACAUCUGGGGGAUAACGCUUGGGUACGAGUGUUCGAAGUCAUCCGGGAUGGCUUCAAUGCGAAUUUCCCGCGGGGACCUUUUCCCCUUGAGUGGAGUUGA